AUGAACCACAAUAUGAAAGACCAGACCCUGCCCCUGGGCAUCCACCGAACGGGAAGUCGACUUGCUGAACUUCUCGUGGCCGACACCCUUGUGGCAGCAGGCUCAUCGGCCCUCAUCACCCCAGCGGUGAUGAUCUUUGACCGACUCGUCGUUGAAAAAUCCUUCUAUAACCAGCCCAUGUUCCCGGCCUUCCGCCGACAUCUAUGGUUCUCCAUUACACAGCCCGCUACAUUUUUAACGUCUCGACCUAGCCUGUUGGUCUGGUCACUCUAUACCGCCACCUUUGCAACCGCCAAUAUGUCCGAGACCCUGCUGAGCAAGGUCUACCCGAAGAUCGACCAUGCGAUUGCGGGCAUGACCACGUUUGCCUCGACGUUUGUGGUCAACUCUUCCGUCGGAAUUUGGAAAGACCUACGCCAGCGCCAGCUCCUUCACAACCCCUAUCUGCAUCAACAUCUACAUCUGCAUCUGCAUCAACCUCUGCAUCCACUACAUCCGCAUCCGCAUCCAACACACCACCUAAAACCGACUCAUCCCUCCCCAAAACCGCUCGUUCCAUCGGCCGCACUCGCAUCCCCCCUCGCCACGUACUCCGCCUUCCUCCUCCGCGACGGCCUCACCAUCUUCGGCUCCUUCAGCCUGCCCGCCAUGCUCUCCACGGCAAUCCCAGACUCCGUCGCCUCCCAGGAAUACCUCAAGAUCCUGAUCGCUCAACUCGCCAUCCCAGCCUCUAUCCAACUCAUCAGCACCCCGAUCCACCUCUUCGGUCUGGACCUGUACAACCGGCCCCAAUCCAUGCCCACCAAAGAGCGCAUUGGCCGAAUCAGUCGUGACUGGAUCGGUGCAUCACUGCUACGCAUGUGCCGCAUUAUCCCUGCGUUUGGUAUUGGUGGGUUCCUCAAUACGGAGGGCCGUCUUUAUUUGCACGAUCAGUUGGAUGAGCGGCGGAUGCCGUCAUGA